AUGUGUGUGACCAAUGUUGUUGUGGUCGCAGCAGUUGCUGAAUCUGCUAAUCAAACUCGACGACGCGGUUCUCGACCGGGUCGUGCACCGAACGAGGAGCAAUUCAGGGAAGAUAGAGGCAAAAAUAUGAUGGAAGAUUACUUUGUUGAACGUCCAGUGUUCAAGGAGUGGGAGUUUCGAACACGCUACAAGAUGAGCCACAAUGUCUUCAACCGCAUCUCUGGUGACCUUUGCCAUUAUGAUCGAUACUUUGUUCAAAAACUAGAUGCUGCCAAGAAAGUCGGACUACUUCCAGAGCAGAAGAUAACAUGUGCUUUACGAAUGCUUGCCUAUGGUGCUGGGGCAUAUCAAUGUGCUGAGUAUUGCCGGAUGGUGAAAUCUACCUCCAUCGAGGCCAUUCAACGAUUUACAAGAGGAAUCGUUAAUCUAUACUCUGUAGAUUACCUUCGGGCUCCUACUCUGGCCGACCUCAAAAGACUUCUCGCCAAAGCUGAGAGAAGAGGGACAUGCAACGACCUCAAUGUCUUGGCAAAGUCCAUGUUGUUUAAUGAGCUUACUGCUGGUCGAGCACCUAAGAUCCAAUUCCAAGUGAAUAAUAGAACCUACAAUUUAGGGUACUAUCUCGCUGAUGGUAUCUAUCCUAGAUGGGCGACUUUCGUGAAAUCAAUUCCUAAGCCUACUCGACCUAAGGAUCUAAAGUUUUCCCAAGCUCAAGAGGGGUAUAGGAAGGAUGUUGAAAGAUGUUUUGGUAUUUUACAGUCACGCUUUAGUAUUGUUAGAGGAGCUGCUCGUGGGUGGCAUAAAGAAGACAUUCGAUACAUCAUGUUGACUUGUAUUAUAUUACACAACAAGAUAGUUGAGAAUGAGCGACCCGACGACAUCGAUGAAGAAUUGGAUUCAGAUGAAGAAGAGGAGAACAAUAUGAGGCCCAGGGUGGCUACUGUUUGGGAAGGAUCGACUGGUGAUGACUUUGAGCCUGUUGGUAGAGAUGUUCACAAUUUCAAUGGAUUCAUGGAUCGAUACAAUGCCAUUAGAUGUGAGAACACUCACUCAAACCUUCAAGCAGAUCUCGUAGAGCAUUUAUGGAAAAUUCAAGGCAACAUGGAGGUCUGA